UGCACAUAAGCUUCGCCGCAAACAUUUGUGCAUCAGUCGCAGUUGGGAGUGCGCGAUAAUACCAAGUACAAACGCAUAUAAAUAUAAAAUAAAAAACUAUGGAAAUGGAAUAUUUGAGUUUCGAUCCAAAAAGAAAACAAUUAACUCUAGAAACCUGUGUUAUUCCAAGAGCAAAGGGCAAUGAAAUUUUAAUCAGAGUUGCUUACUCAGGAAUAUGUGGUACUGAUCUUCAUAUAUUGGAUGGAUCAUUUCCCGCUAAAAAUGAUGGGCCACUGACUCUUGGGCAUGAAUUCUCCGGGACUGUUGAAAGCAUAGGCAAAGAAGUCUCGGGAUUUAAAAUUGGCCAGCGAGUAGCAGUGGACCCUAACAGUGGCUGCAAUAAGUGCAAUAAUUGUCGUAUUGGGCGAUACCAUUUUUGUGAAAAUGGUGGAAUUAAUAACACAAUUGGAAUUUUUCGAGACGGUGGAUGGGCAACUCAUGUACUUGUACCAGAUAAUCAGGUGUACUUAGUGCCAGAAGGAGUAGAAAUGCCUCAGGCUGCUCUUACUGAGCCAUUGUCAUGUAUAGCUCACGGCUGGGAUUUAAUAAGCCCUGUAAAUAUUGGGAAAAAAGUAAUCGUCAUUGGAGCGGGAAUCAUCGGAUUACUUUGGGCCUGCGUUUUGCAUAUAAACGGUCUGAGGAAGACUGUUACCGUUGCUGAGCGGCUAAUAAAAAGACAACAAAUGUUUGAAAAACUUAAUCUGGGCUACCAUGUUAAUGAUUUGGAGGGUUUGAAAAACGAAAAUUUCGAUCUGGCAAUCGACUGCAGUGGCUCCGCAGCUGCUAUGGAAGCCGCCGUACCACUUCUGCGUCGCGGUGGAUGUCUUUGUGUUUUCGGAGUAGCGAAUCCUGAUGCAACGAUGUCUAUCAAUCCAUUCAAAGUUUAUAUGAAUGAGUUAACUAUCAAAGGAGUAAUGAUUAAUCCGUUCACUUUUACCAAAGGAUUGGCACUAGUCCAAGCAAUGGCCAGUAAUUAUCUCGAUUACAAUAAACUAGGAAUUAAGAUUUACAAAUUAUCCGAGUACAAAGAAGCUCUUGACGCACUUCGUAAAGGUGAAGUCAGUAAAGCUGUAUUUAAAUGUCAAUAAUUAGAAAAAAAUAUAUAUAUUAAUUAAUAUUA